CACGCAGCUGUUCUCAGCUCUUCCUGUUUCUCUCCUUUCUGUUUGAUGUGCUCCUUCCCAGUUUGGGUUGUGUUGCUGUUGUGGUGUGGCUGUGGGACAAUGCCAGUCUCCUCUGCUCUCUGCAGUGUCCUGCCUAAAAUCCACCCUCUGGAAUAUGGGGGGUCUGGCUGGGCUAUGGGAGCAUCCAGCAGGGCUGACUUGGUCCCUCUCCAGGGCUGUUUUGUCUCUUUCUCAGUUGCCUUGAGGUGGCCAAGCUUGUUCCAGACCAAGCAGCAAAGGAGGGGAAGAAAAAGGGGGAGAAAAAUCAGUUUUCUUCCUCCUUUUCAACAGGGCUAUAGAAGAGGGAAGUGUGUUCCAUUCUGUGGUGCAUGAGAGGCUUGGUUUUCCCUCACCUUAUCAGUUUGGAAAUGUUUUGAGUAGAAGAUGCCAUGAAACCCAAGGAACUGGGAGGCAUUACCAUGUUUGCCUUUGUAAAAUCAUGACCAAUUUUGAGAGAAGCAAAUACUCCUUUCCUUGUGGGGAUUUGGGGGUUUUUUUCUUCCUUAAACACAGACCUGGUUGCAGGAGGCUGCUCACUUACCUCAGGCUUGCACUUCCCAAGAAAAGUGUUUUUUUCUCCAGACUCUGUGGAUCUUUAUUUUGAGAUUAGUUCUGUAGCUAUAAGAUGUGUUAAUAGACUCUUUUCUUGUGUCCUGCAAGAUGAUUAUGGCUUAUGUGAGAUUCCCCAUUAAAACAUGGAACUCAAGCACAUGAGGCGUGUGAGGAUUCCUCCUGGGGCACCUCACAGCUGGAGCCACAAUGGCAAAGCAAACUGCCUGGGGAAAACUGUUGUGGGACUGGCAUCUGGCUGCCCCGGAGCACGAGCAGCUCUGUCUCUUUUCCCAAAUCCAGUGUUUUUAAAGGAUUACUUAGUGGCAUUCCCGGCCCCGGGGGGUGGCAGUUUGUACUACCGAGAAGGCGCUGCCUAUUGUGCUCUUCAGCGACUCGAAAUGGGCUUGAUGUGUGUUGUAGCCACGCUCCUCUGGAGCUUUCCCAAAGGGAAAGAAAUAUUUCCUUUUCAAGUUGAGCAGCACGGAGCCAACGGAUGGAGCAACAGCCUCUGGAGCCGGCUCUCAGCAGGGCUGUGGCCAUGAGCACCCUGUCCUUGCCAGCCUCCGGGGGCAGGAGGGACUGUCACUGUCUGUACCCUCCUGUUGGAGGUGUUGGAAGUGUUGGGUUUUCCCUCUCUUAGGGUGAUUAUUUCCUGUGUUUGGUAAGCUGAGGUCAGGGAGUGGGAGGAGAGCUGGUCUGCAGCUGUAUUGGAGCAUCAGGGUCCUGGGGCUGUGAGUGGGCUCUGUGUUUAUUCGAGAGCCUGAAGUGACUCCUUGUAGAGAAGUUGUGCUGGUCAGGAUUCCUGGAAGGGCAUCCAGGGAUUGGGUGGUUUCUGUGGUGUGUGCCAGUCAAACUGGGUGAAAACUGGCUGAGAAUGCACAGAGAGCUCCUCAUUCCCCUGGUCAGGCUGGUGGGACCAGAGUGGCCUUAUGGUGUGUGCCUGCAGAAAGAAUUGGGGUUUGUAAGGAACAAAUCUUCAGGGAAUUCAGUGCCAGCCAGCCCCUAACACACAAACACGGAGCACCUGAGAGACUCCUUGUCCAGUGGGAGCUCAGGAACUCGGGAAUGGCUCUGAAAAUCCAACGAGGCAGCUGUACACUGAGAGAAGGACUGUUUUAAUUUCCUGUAUCUGUAUUAAAGCAUUGCUUUAACUGUAAAGGAAUGAACAGGCAUCAGUCCAUAGGAUGCUUUUCCUCUAGUCCUGUCCCUCGAAGGGAAUGUGGGCUUCCCGCAGCCAGGGGCUGUGUGGGUGCUGAUAGGAGCCUCUGGAGCACGAGGGGGGAAGCAAACAAACAAACAAGUCUGGAGGAGGGAAACGAUUAGCCGAGCCUCAGCUGGUUGUUUCCCCUCUUGAAUGGCUCUCUUUCAUCAGGAUGUGUUGGGACAAGUGCUUUUUCAAGCCAGGAUAUCAGUGGAAGACACAGUGUUCCCUAAAAGCCAUCCAGUUCCCUGGGAGCAUCAGCAGCCGCGAUUCCUCUGCUCCGCACAGAAAAUACGCGUGACCUUUUCUUUGCCUUCUGGUGUUUUUUUAUGGGUUUAGAAGCAAAAGGAUGUGAGUUUUCCAGCUGGUUAUGAAUCUUUUCAAUUUGCCUGACUUCUGUCUGACGCUGGGGCCACCACGAUGCUGCCGCUGCGCAAAGAAAACCAGCCCGAAUUACCUCAGCGAGAGCUUUUUCAUGGUGAAAGGUGCAGCCCUUUUCUUACAGCAAGGAAACAGCUCCCAGGGCCAGCGAAGCCUCCAGCAUCCCCACAAACAUGCAGGUGACUUGCCCCAGCACCUCCAGGUGAUGAUCAACCUCCUGCGCUGCGAGGACAGGAUCAAACUGGCCGUGCGUUUGGAGAGCGUGUGGACCGACCGCGUGCGCUACAUGGUGGUGGUGUACAGCAGCGGGCGGCAGGACACCGAGGAGAACAUCCUGCUGGGAGUGGACUUCUCCAGCAAGGAGAGUAAAAGCUGCACUAUAGGAAUGGUUCUUCGCCUGUGGAGUGAUACUAAAAUCCAUCUGGAUGGGGAUGGUGGCUUCAGCGUGAGCACUGCAGGGAGGAUGCACAUCUUCAAACCUGUGUCGGUGCAAGCCAUGUGGUCUGCUUUACAGAUCCUCCACAAAGCCUGUGAAGUUGCCAGGAGGUACAACUACUUCCCAGGGGGGGUGGCCUUGGUGUGGGCCACCUACUACGAGAGCUGCAUCAGCUCGGACCAGAGCUGCAUCAAUGAGUGGAACGCCAUGCAGGACCUGGAGUCCACCCGCCCCGACUCCCCAGCCCUCUUUGUUGACAAGCCGACAGAAAGGGAACGAACGGAGCGACUCAUUAAAGCCAAGCUCCGGAGCAUCAUGACCAGCAAAGACCUGGAAAAUGUGACUUCCAAGGAGAUCCGAAAUGAGCUGGAGAAACACAUGAACUGCAACUUGAAGGAAUUCAAGGAAUUUAUAGACAAUGAAAUGCUGCUGAUCCUGGGUCAGAUGGACAAACCAUCCCUGAUUUUUGAUCAUUUGUACCUGGGCUCCGAGUGGAACGCUUCCAACCUGGAGGAGCUGCAGGGCUCGGGCAUUGACUACAUCCUGAACGUCACCCGCGAAAUCGACAACUUCUUCCCAGGCCUGUUCGCCUACCACAACAUCCGGGUGUACGACGAGGAGACCACGGACCUGCUGGCACACUGGAACGAGGCUUAUCACUUCAUCAACAAGGCCAAGAAGAACCACUCCAAGUGCCUGGUGCACUGCAAGAUGGGCGUGAGCCGCUCGGCGUCCACCGUCAUCGCCUAUGCCAUGAAGGAGUUCGGCUGGUCCCUGGAAAAGGCCUACAACUACGUGAAGCAGAAGCGCAGCAUCACGCGGCCCAACGCCGGCUUCAUGCGGCAGCUGCUGGAGUACGAGGGCAUUUUGGAUGCCAGCAAGCAGCGCCACAAUAAACUGUGGAAGCAGCAGGCAGAGAGCAACCUGCCCCAGAACACCGAUGGCACCACGGGGUCGGGAGACUUCUUACUGGAGAGCUUGGACAUCGACCUGGAAAACCGCCUGGCUGACCUGGACAUGCCUUCCCAGUCUGCCUACCUGGACAACCGUGCCGGCUCCGAUGGCUCCGUGGGCUUCGGGUACUGCUUCCGCCGCCUCUCGGACACGCUGCUGGAGAACAAGAUUCCUGGGGACAGGGAGGGCUUCUUCCACAUGGAGCAGCUGGAGCGGGAUGCCCUGGUGGGACAGCCUCCAUCUGCACCAUCCCAGGGGAGGCUGCUGGAGAUGGAAAAGGCCCCAGAGAGAGCGGAGCCACUGGCAGAGCUGGGCAGCUUCUGUGAGAAAGAGGCGAAGAAGAAACUGGACUUCAGCCCCAGGAAAGGAAGGAUGGUCCUUGGGGAGCCAGGGGAGGAUGGUGUCAGGGAGGAAAAUCCCAUGGAAAAGUGGAAGCGGCGUUUGUCCAUGCACAAGGAGGAGAGCAGGCUCAAUAGGGAGAACUUGAAUAACAACAACAGCAAAAGGAGUUGCCCAGAGGAUUUUGAGCACGAUGCCGUGUUCGGGAUCCUCAGCAAGGUGAAGCCUUCCUACCAGUCCUGCACUGAGUGCAUGUACUCCUCAGCGGGACUGGCCCCCGACUCCUUCGGGGAGCAGUGCGAGAGGCUCGGCGCUGGCACCACACGGCGCAGCAGCACCAUCUGCACCCAGCCCCCGCUGCUGUCCCACCUGCACUCCCACCUGAUGGAACACCUGCCCAGCAGGGCACCCCCCCAGGAGCCAGGCAGAACUAAACACAACGAGGCUCCGCUCCCUCCGGCGCCAGGAGCCGCGGCUGUGGAGGUUGGCACAUGCAGGUCACUGGAUCAGCACUGCGGCCUUUUGGAGAGAGGGAAAGAUGCGCCAAAAACCCCCGAAAAGACUCUGCUGCCCAGGAGAAACUCCCACUGCGACAGGAGCCUCCUUCACACAGAGGUGGUGAGGGAAGAGUCUCUGGCCAGAAAGGACCCCAGACCUACCAAGGACCUGAAGUACCUGUUGUUCAGCAAAGACUUGGAAAAGCCGAGCGCCAACAGUUACUUGAUGCAGCACCAGGAGUCGCUGCUCCAGCUGCAGAAAGCGGGGUUGGUCAGGAAGCACACCAAAGAGCUGGAGCGCCUCAAGGGCCUGCCCUCGGACAGCCCCCUGGGCAGGGUCGACUCCAGCAUCGUGGAGGAAAGCGAGGACUUGAUGUCCCAUCCCAGCCUUGUGCCUCUCCUGGCACCGGCCCCACUGGUGCUCGGAGACGCUGAGAACGAGGCGGAGAAGCUGGGGGUGAAGCGUGUGCUGGAGGGGAUCUCCCAGAAAACCUCCACGCCGGCCGGGUGCCGCCUGGAGCACACGAGCAGCUUCACCAAGGACUUCCUGAAGACCAUCUGCUACACCCCCUCCUCCUCCCGCAGCUCCAACCUGACACGGAGCUCCAGCAGCGACAGCAUCCACAGCGUGCGGGGCAAGCCCGGGCUGGUGAAGCAGCGCACGCAGGAGAUCGAGACCAGGCUGCGCCUGGCCGGCCUCACCGUGUCCUCACCCCUGAAAAGGUCCAAUUCCCUCGCCAAGCUGGGAUGUCUUAACCUGUCCUCCGAGGACUUGUCGAGCGACGUGGACGUGGCCACCAUCACGGACUCCAAGGAGGCCGUGUCCAGCGAGUGCUCCGUGCUCUGUGAGCCCCCGCUGAGGAGCGCGGACGGCACCUCCAAACCAGGGGUGAAGCCUCUGCCUGGGAACUUGAAGAACACACUUUGGAUGGGCAAAAGUUGAUGCCUUGCAGGGGGAGGAGAGGGCUGGAGCAUUCUGGGGGUUUGCAGCAUUUAUUCAUUGCACCAGUGCUGUUUUAUCAUCUGACACGCAGCAGCUCAUCUGGUGCCACCUCCUCGUCCCCUCUUUGUGCUCCGAGAAAGGAGGAAAGAACCACAAUGGGUCACAGUGAAGGGCACAAGGGAAAUAAAAUGUGUUGCAUGGCUUAGAGGAGGACUUGGUGUGUGAAUUGCCUGUUGUCCUGCCCUUCCUAGUACUGUUUGCCAAGUGUAAUAAUGUGGAUUUGUGUGUGGUUAUGGAUAGAUAUUUGUAUCUCUAUCUAUAUCUAAAAUGCUGAAAUAUUCUGUUUCAAAGACUCAAAAUAAUUAUUCAUGACUUUUUUUUACAGAACAAACACAAGUCUCUAUUUAUAACAGGGCACUUGUGGAAAAUCCUUAAAAUGGUGACACGCACACUACCUCUGUCCUUGCUGGCUUUUUGUCCUGGUUUGUUGUUUGGGGCUUUUAUCCAAAAGGCUUUUCCCAGAAUUCUUGCUGUUGUUUGAAGGAAUUCCCUUAGCUAUGAAGGCCUGGAGGAGUGUGGACACAGAGGCUUCCCCAGGUUGUGGCUGGGAGGUGACAGAGUGCUGAGCUGUGUCCGUGGGGACGCUGUGACCUGAUGUCACCCUGGCUGUUGCUGUCCCAGGUGUUGUGUUCUUGGGGUGUUUUGCUGUCGUUGUGGUUGGUGUUGUCGCAGUGGUGACAGAGCCUGGCCAGUGGUUGCCUGUGGACCCUUGUGAUGUGAAGCUGUGUCAGUGUCGUGGGUGCUCUGGGGACCCUCUGUCACUGGGUGAGGUGGCCGAGGAGGUGUGGCUGUCCUGGAGCCCCGGUAGGUGACAGAGUGUCGUUUGUGGUUGUGCUGUCGGUUUUGUAGGAUGGUCCUUGUGCCCGGGGAGCUGCUGGAGGAGUCCUGGGUGCUGUUUAUGGUGGGCAUCAGGAGUUUGGGGGGCCCCAGAGCCGCAGCCAGGCUGGGCCUGUCCCAGAGCUCACAGGGCUGAGAGCCACGUGAGCCCUGCUGGGGGGAGCAGUCGGACAGAACCACGGACACGCUCUGAGGAGAGGGAUGUUGGAGGGAGGGUGGGCAGCCGGGCACUGUCUGUGCUCCCAGUCCAGUGUUACCCUCUCCUGCUUGGAUUCCAUAGGGAAUGCACAUUUUCUGUGAAUAUUUUUGGCAACCAGCCUGGUCAAGAGCUGCUCCAUGUGAACCCUUGCUGAGUCCAGAGGGAAGAGCUUGGGAAGUGAGCAGGGGAUGUGCUCCAAACCUUGGUGCCCCCUGAUCCCAUCUGAGGCCUUGUGCCUUUGGGUGAUGUUUUGAAGUAAAUUUGGGGGGGGUCAGGUGGAUUUGCUGACUCUGGCUCUGAGUGGGAGUAUUCCCACAUUUUAGAAUCUCCAUGGAAAGGCUUUUUUGCAACUCCCCUCUGAGGUGGGGCAGAGCCAGGCUGCAGCAGCUGCUCUGAACUGUAUUGAUUGAAAAUCCAGUGUCUCAAGGAACAGGGCUGUGCAUUUUCCUGCCCUAAAUGCCUGGAGUUCCCUUUUUCCCCUUCAGCAUAAGAUCCUGCAUGUUUCAUUUGGGUGAGGAAUUCUAGGGACAGGCAAUCGGUGAAUAAUUGUACCUCCUGAAAGAGUCUGAAUUUGAUUUGCACUUGUUCCACCCGGGAGAGGAAAAGCUGCUCCAGGAGGGAAGUUUUGCAGGAGCCUCUGCUUGUUUGGGCUGAGGCAGUGCUGGAUCGUGCUCAGGGCAGGAUGAAACCCCACAAGCCAGGGCUGGAUUCAUUCCCUGUGUUUGGAUCAUCUUUAUCCUCCUCCUGCACGCAGAUUCAGAUUUGGAAGGUGCAAACGGAGGGCCCGGGGCUGUUGGGUGCCGCAGGGUCGGAGCAGCGGCUGGGAAACCUCCGUGUCCCCUGCCUGGGACAAUUCCACCAUCACCCUCGGCUCUCCAGGGCUGCCACAGGUUACUGUUCUCCGUGUGCUGCCGACCCUUCCCAUCACUGCCUGGCUGAGGGAAGAGGUGCUGGGAACGGUUUUGAAUGAGUUUAGAGAAUUCCGUGAUCUGAUACAAGCGAACAUCUGAUUUCCUUCCCAUUUUUCGGGUGCCUGGCGAGUUCUGCGGCGUCCAACUCGCCGCGUUGCGGGGCUCAGCUCGGCACCCUCCACCUUUUCUGGCUGGCUCUGGCUGGAUCGGCCCCAGGAGCUGCUCCGGGAGCUCCGCUGUGCCAUUCCCGGGGGGUUGUAGCCAAACUCCCCCGUCCCGUCGGGUUUGUUGCAUGACACGGUUGAUGUGCUUGUCCUCCCCACGUGUCGUACGUGUCCUUACGAUGGAGUGCCUUACUCAUAGUUUACAAACACUGUGUAUCUGCUGAGCUGUUGGACUCUGCUGUUUGCUGUUCUUUAGGGAGUUUUUGGUGCUUUUGGUGUUUCUGGUGGCAGUGAGGCCGUCCCUCCUGUCCUGCCCUCGUGUCCCCGCCGAGCUCGGCGCUGCUCACCUGCUACCGCUUCCCUCUGCUCUGGGCAUGGCAGCAGCAAAGGGCUCCGUGCCAGCCGCGGUGCCUGUGGCUGCCCGCUGUCCCCAGUUAUUUAUCCCAUUGAUCCCAUUGAUCUAUGCAUCGCUGCCGGAACGCGGGCGGGGUGUGCAGGGACACAUCCCAUCACCGACACGCUUUGCUCGGCAGCCCCGAACCCCGUCCCGUCCUGCCAGAAAUCCUGAAAAGCACAAAGCGGCGCCUCAUUCCCGCUCCGGGAGUGUCGCUCCGUGUGGCAGCAGUGCCCGUCCUCCCGGGCGCCCUUCCCGUGCCACCGGGGUUUGUCCCGGCCGUGUCACCAACUCCCGGCCGGAGAGGUGGGGACAGUCCCGGUCAGUCCCUGAGGAGAGGGGUGAGUGACGUGUAGCUGUUCUGUGCAUUGCUGUACUCCAUAACAACGUUCCUUUAUUCCAUGGUAUUUCUUAUCCCAAUUUUAUAUGGAAAUCUGCAGGAUUUUUGUACUGUAUGCCCGCGGGAGGGAUGCAUCAUGCACUUUUUUUUUUUUUUUUUACUUUUGUUUGUAAAAAUGUCCUGGAUAUUUUAUGUUCUUCUUGUGAGGAAAAACAAAUAAACUUUUUUUUUUUCCUUUAA